UGAAAGUUAUGCGUGACCUCACAAACUGGCGUUAGACUAAUGCCUAAUGACUAAUGAUUUUCUGAUUUUCGUAAAGAUUUGUUUUAAUUUACGGAAUUAUCAUUACACUUUACUGAAAAUACCUUACAUUCCCAAUUUAAAUAUAUUUGAUAAUUACAAGUAAAUUUUAAAAAGGCACAAAGUAUAUCGUUCAGUUUCAACAUUUUCUGUGAUUUAGUUUCAUGAUUUCCAAAAAUUAAAUAAGACAAACGACCCAACGGGGCCGAGGAUGGCUCGAUUCGUAAGGCGUAAAACCUGCCAACUCGACUUGCCAGAGGUUGUGGAUUCGAUUCCCACCGGGAGCCACCGGGAGGUGUUGUGUGAGUAAAAGAAUUGUUAUCGGUAAAUUUUCAUCGGCAGAUGCCGGAAAUUUGAGAUUAGCCCAAUUAAGCGUUUAUAAAAAAGCGACCAAACAGCUGACUGAAAUUCAACCAUUCAAAGUAACCUGUUAUGCGAAACCAGGUUACAUUUCUAUGAAAUGUAAUGUCCAGAAAGGAAUUGGCUUUUGGUUGUUAAUGUUUCCAUUAUCUAAGGUAAAUAAUGAUAACUAGCGAAUUAAUCUAGUUUAUCACUUAAGACCUCCAUUCUUAAUUUAAUAGGAUGACUCUUUCAUUGACAUACUGGUUGUAAACUAGGACAGGAUGAAAAUUCAGAAUGCCCUAAAUGUGAUAUAUUUAAUUUCCUUUACGGAUCUAUUUGCUAUUGGGAUAAUAUUUCCUGUAUUAAACACGCAUUUAAGAAGUUUGGGCGCUUCUCAUACACUAGUGGGUGUGUUUUCAUCUGUUUAUUCAGGAGUUCAGGUUUUGUCAGGUCCUGUAGUUGGAGGAUGGAGUGACAUCAAAGAGAGAAAAUCUGUUUUGGUAAAAGUAUCACUGAUAUGUGGACUCUGUUAUGCUUUAUUGGGUGUCACAGAUUCCCUAUCAUUUAUUUUUGCAAUAAGGAUUGUAUUAGGUUGUGUUAAGCACAUUCAAAGCAUAUGCAAGGCUGUGAUAGCAGAUAUCGUACCUAUUGAAAAUCAGACUGAAGCAUUUGGAAAAUCGAAUGCAGUAUCUGCAUUAGGUUUUAUUCUUGGACCAUUUAUUGGAGGUCAUUUGGCAGAAUUUGAAAAUGGCUUCAUGUAUGUGGGUUUGCUUACGAUGUUAUUGUUUUUCAUUAAUAUAGGUUUGAUAUUAUGUUUACCAGAUGUUUCAAAUAAGAAAAAUGACAACCACAACACCACAGAAGAGUUAGAAAAAAAUCUGUUUACUCAAGUCAUACAUGAACUAGGAAAAUCUGCUGCAGAUAUGUAUACCAUUGAUUGGAAUCAGUUUUAUGAGCCAUUUUUAUUACGUUUUUUAUUUGGUUUGUCAGUUUCCACAUAUUUUACUAACCAGUCUUUGCUACUUAAAGAGACAUAUCUCCUUACUCAAAAGCAAAUAGGCUAUGUCAUAUCUUACUUUAGCACCAUUGGUCUUUUUUCCUCCUUCUUUUUGGACAAAAUAAAUGGGUUAUACAAAAGUGGUGAUUGUUUGUCAAGGAUUUUUCAUUUUUUUAUUAUUCUAGCUCUUUGUAUCUUGACAAUCUAUAUUGCUCCUAAUUUAUAUAUACUUCUUGUUGCCCUAAUACCACUCUCUUUUUCAUCUACUGUGUUGCGAGUAGUUACUAUGGAAUUGAUACUAGCAAAAACUUCAGGAUUGCAUCGAGGGUCAUUAUCAGGAGCCUCAAACAGUGUUAUGUCUAUCUCCAGGUUUAUCACACCAUUACUGAGUGGAAUUUUGGCCGAUAAGCUUGGAGAACACUCUGUGAUUCUUGUGGCUGUAAUUCCAGCAAUUUUUGGGGUUUUUGUGUCAUUAAGAUUAAAAGCAAUGGCUUUAUCUGAAAAAAGGGUUUUGACAAACUAGUUUUGUAAGAUGCGUACUGUGAUAUUUCUUGUUUUGUUAACUUACCCA